AUGGUUGAACAAACUCAGAAAUCACAUAUUUCUUUAGACCACGAAAAGAUGCACGCUCCUCCAGAAGGAUUCUUUGAACGUUCUACUUCCAAGCCAAACUUGGCUGAUUUUGCAACUUACCAAAAAAUGUAUGACCAAUCCAUCCAGGACCCGGCCACAUUUUUCGGUGAACAAGCCAAACAAACCUUAGACUGGAUCAGACCUUUUGAUCAACCAAGAUUCCCAGCUGACAAAAAGGAUGACUUCAAGAAUGGUGACUUGCCAGCUUGGUUUGUCGGUGGUCAAAUCAAUGCCGCCUACAAUUGUGUUGACAGAUGGGCUGCCAAGGACCCAAACAAGGUUGCCAUUAUUUAUGAAGGUGACGAACCAGACUCCGGUAGAAAAAUCACUUAUGGUGAAUUAUUAAAGGAUGUCUGUAAAUUGGCUCAAGCUUUAACCAAGUUGGGAGUUAAGAAGGGUGAUUCUGUUGCUGUUUACUUGCCUAUGAUUCCAGAAGCUGUUGUUACUCUUUUAGCUAUUGUUAGAAUUGGUGCUAUGCACUCUGUUGUUUUUGCUGGUUUCUCUUCUACUUCCUUGAAGGACAGAAUUUUGGAUGCUGAUUCCAGAAUUGUUAUCACUGCCGAUGAAUCCAAGAGAGGUGGUAAGACUAUUGAAACCAAGAAGAUUGUUGAUGACGCUUUGAAGGAUUGUCCUGAUGUCAGAAACGUUAUUGUUUUUAAGAGAACUGGUAACUCUCAUGUCCCAUUCUCUCCAGGUAGAGAUUUGUGGUGGCAUGAUGAAUUGGCCAAGUAUGGUAACUACUUCCCACCUACUCCAGUUGACUCUGAAGACCCAAUGUUCUUGUUGUAUACUUCUGGUUCUACUGGUAAGCCAAAGGGUGUUCAACACAACACUGCUGGUUACUUGUUGGGUGCUCUUUUAACUACCAAGUACACUUUUGAUGUUCAUGAAGAUGAUGUUCUUUUUACUGCUGGUGAUAUUGGUUGGAUUACUGGUCAUACCUACUGUGUUUACGGUCCAUUAUUGAACGGUGCUACCAGUGUUGUCUUUGAAGGUACUCCAGCUUAUCCAAACUUCUCCAGAUACUGGGAAAUUGUUGACAAGUACAAGGUUAACCAAUUCUACGUUGCACCAACUGCUUUGAGAUUAUUGAAGAGAGCUGGUCACAAGUAUGUUGAACCAUAUGACUUGUCCUCCUUGAGAGUUUUGGGUUCUGUUGGUGAACCAAUUGCUGCUGAAGUUUGGCACUGGUACAGUGAAAAUGUUGGUAGAAACAAGGCUCAUGUUGUCGAUACCUACUGGCAAACUGAAUCUGGUUCCCACUUGUUGUGUCCACUUGCUGGUGUCACCCCAACCAAGCCAGGUUCUGCUUCCUUGCCAUUCUUUGGUAUUGAACCAAAGAUUUUGGACCCAACUACUGGUGAAGAAUUAAAGGGCAAUGACGUUGAAGGUGUUUUGGCUAUUAAGUCUGCUUGGCCAUCUAUUACCAGAGGUAUUUUUGGUGAUUACAACAGAUAUAUUGACACCUAUUUGAGACCUUAUGCUGACCACUACUUCUCCGGUGAUGGUGCUGCUAGAGAUCUUGACGGUUUCUACUGGAUCUUGGGUCGUGUUGAUGAUGUCGUUAACGUUUCCGGUCACAGAUUAUCCACUGCUGAAGUUGAAGCUGCCUUGAUUGAACAUGACUUGGUUGGUGAAUCUGCUGUUGUUGGUUAUGCUGAUGACUUGACUGGUCAAGCCAUUGCUGCUUAUGUCUCCUUGAAGAAGCACAAGCUUCCAGCCGAUGCUGAUUUGGAAGCUAUCAAGAAGGAAUUGAUCUUGACUGUCAGAAAGGAAAUUGGUCCAUUUGCCGCUCCAAAGACCGUCUUGUUUGUUGAUGAUUUACCAAAGACCAGAUCUGGUAAGAUUAUGAGAAGAAUCUUGAGAAAGGUAUUGGCUGGUGAAGAAGACUCCUUGGGUGAUAUCUCCACUUUGUCUAACCCACAAGCUGUCUCUCAAAUCAUUGAUGUUGUCAAGACCAGCAGAAAGUAA